GUAUCGUUUUUCUGCUGGGUGUGUGUUCCGCGAAGAAGAUGUCGAUGGAUAUUUUGUAAUUUUUACCUCAAAUUCUUUGAAAUAAAAUGACAAUUACGGAGACAAACCAACCGGGCUUACCACAGUUGACGAAUGGUGAUGAUAAUUCCAAGAGCAAUGCCACCAGUAAGAGUGAGAAGAUUACAACAAAGGGUAAUGAGGUGAAGUCUGGUGAUGAAGAGAGAGUGAAGCGGGAUUUCGUGAAGGAUUUACAGAAUUUUCAUGAGAGUAAAGGGACGCCAUUCUCCAGAUUCCCAAAGAUAAGCGGGAAGGAAGUUGAUUUGUACAAAUUGUACACGGAAGUAACAAGCCGCGGUGGUUGGCUAAAGGUCAAUCAACGGAAUGACUGGGACGAAGUGCUCGAGGAGGUGGGCUUUUCCAAUUUCAUUGUAAAUGCCCCUGUGGCCAUUAAAUAUAUCUAUCUGAGAUACCUUGAUCGGUAUGAGAAGCUACAUUUUCAUGGAGAAGAACCAGAGAGGGCAGACGAUGAAGAAGAUGAAAAUAGACACAAGCGAUGGAACGCCAGGCUACUUCACAAUGUUCCUGCCAACUAUAACUACCAUCAACAUACUAUAUCAGAUUCUCAAAGGGCUCAGCACAAACUCUCAACGGACUUGUAUAAAAAUUCAGAAUAUGACAAGUUGUUCCUAUCUCUGAUAUCACCACUCCCCAAUGAACAGGAUUUUGCCAUCAAUGUAUGUACCCUGAUGUCCAACGAGGGUAAGCACACGCUCAAAAUCGAUCGCUGCCCUAAGCUCAUCGAUAUCCUUCUGGCACAUGCAGGACUCUUUCAGCACUACACAAUGAGGGAUAUUUUCACGGAGUAUUACUCCAAAAUUCGUAAGCACUCUCUGCAAAAUUUCUGGAGUGAAUGUCUACAGGAACGGCCACAAAUAUUGGAGCUAUCUUUCGAUGAUUACUUCACAUCAUCCGAUGAGAAGUUGAUGCGUGCAGCAGAAAUUUUUACGAAAAAUCUUCAACGGCAGCAAACAGAACAGUACACGGAAAAUGAAGAUUGUGCGAUAGAAAUGGAGGAGCUUAGUUUUUUAAGCUUAGGACGUGGUUUGGGGACGCAUGAGUACAUUGGACAGCGAAUAGCGCAAAUUUCAACUAUAAUUCGCAAUUUGAGCUUUAUUGAGGACAAUGUGCCAGUACUGGCACGUAACCGAACGCUCAUACGUUUCCUUGUGAUGAGUGCAAACGUUCGUUGGAGUAAUCUCCAUCACAUGGGUCUCGAUAUUUUGGGGAAUUUAGCAUUAGAAUUGGAUCUUUGUGACCCAUCGACUGACGAUCUAACACGAUGCCUUCUGUCAACAAUUACAGAGGGGUUGGAAUGUCAAGAUCGCGGAGUUAUCAUUAGCUGCCUCGAAGUAUUAUACAAGUUAUGCCAAAAACCCUCAAAUGAGGAUCAUCUGCACAAGUGUCUGGAUAAAAAGGUCUAUCGCCAGGUGUGCCUCUUCCUCUGCCUCAAUGAUAUUAUGCUUCUUCUCUAUACACUCGAGUGCAUCUAUGCCCUCAGUCUCCUAGGUGAAAGAUCAUGUAAUGCUAUUGUUCAAGUGCGAGGGGUUGUGGAUACUCUUGUGUCCCUUGUAACGGUUGAGGCUCAAAGUUAUGGGGCAGAUGGUUGUAUUAUGAUGCGUGUGGUUGAAACAGUCUCCGGAAGUGCAAAUAUCCCUCUUGCAUCGCACCAUAUUAUCAAUAGUAGCUCAAUGGGUAGUAACACAUCCAGUUACUAUGGGAGUACCAGUUCAUCGGCUUCAUUUAUAAAUACCCUAAGUCAAGAUGAUGGUCAAAAAGUCUGCACGUCAAUUCCGCCCCUUGUGGCCAACAUUAGUCCUAUUAAAGCCAUCGUGCCAACCCAGGUGACUCCUAGCACCAUUGCUGUGUCUGCUGUAUCACCAAAGAUGGUUCUUAGCACCCCAAAUGCAGCUGCUGUAACUGUAAACAGUACUGCAGCUCCCACUUCUAUAGAUUCACAAAUUUCCCAACAGAAUACAACAAAUGUUUCAGCAAAACAUGCUCAACAGCAAGUAAUACAGGAGAAUGAACAAUUUGCCCUUGCGUGGUUACGUGCGACAUUUGAGCCCGCACCCAAUCUCAAUACACGAAUUGAGCAACAGGAACUGUACAAAAUGUAUAUUACGGCAAGCUCAAAGCUCGGACGACGUGGUGUUGUCUCGCCUGUGCAUUUUCCACGAUGUGUUCGCUCAGUUUUUGGCGGUAGUGUCGGCCCAAAUCCCGUGAAAUUGGAUCAGUUAUCACCAGAUGGUUCUCAAUUCUGCUACGAGGGCAUCAAAAUUCGUACCAAACCACUACCUGUAGUUCACAAAGGGAUUGUUGUGCCAACGCUAGAAAAAACGCAACAAAUUAUAAAUCAUCAACAUCCGGAAAAUCAUGUAAUUGUGAUGAGUGGAAAUCAAGCGCAAUUGAGCCAUCAAGUGAAGAGUGCCAAUAGUGCGACUAUUAAACCAGUAAAUAAUGCGAAUCAACCAUCGGUGGCGCCUGUCUCUCUGGCAUCAUCAGCAGCCGCAUCUAGCAGUAGUUUAAUUAAGAGUCUCUUGGCAAAUAAGGUAACAUCUCCCGUUAACGACCAAACCGCUGGUAGUAGUGUUUCUACUUGUUUGAUUGCUCCGAAUGUGAAUCUGCAUCAGGUUGCACAGCGACAGCAUAUGCAGAAGCAAAAAGAGAUGGCACAGCAAAAACAAACUGGCAAUGGAGCCCUUUCGAGUCCAUUAAUCAAUCAGAUACCCAAUGCUACGCCAAUAAAGACAAGUGUCACAAUUAAGGCCCCAGUUGCGACCAAUGUGAUUACUGGACCAGUUUUCUUGGAGAAGAAAAUACCACAGGAAACGGAUCAUGUGAUGUCAAAUCAUUGGGAUCCUGUACCACCUCUUGCACCACUUAGUGGUGUGACGAAUCAACGGCAAGUAAUUGUUAAUACAACAGUGAAGAUUGACGAUGAUUCCAAUUCGACGGGAAAUAAUUCUAUAGCUUCGAGCAUAGCAAGUACGAAUCAAAAUGCAUUUGCUGAUGACGCCGAGAAUUCCCUCACGAGCUUCGAGGGAGUUCUUGUGCAGAAUAAUCAAAGCUCCGUAUGCUCUACGGAGGAUGAGAAUAGUUCCAAGGAUUCACUAAAUAAAACCUCACAGGUUGUGAGUGCUAAUAAAAUGCUGGCGGAUUUGCUAGAAAGAAAAUCAUUGGACCCACCAAUUUUUGGUGGAAAUGGUGGGGCCGCAGAGAAAAGUCUGAAGAGGCGACUGGAUUCAGUGGGGUGUGAUUCCUGUGAGGAAUUGUCAUCACCGCCCAAGAAAGCGACUACUAAUUCAACAAAUCCAUCCACUGAAGUGAUUAUAAUUGACUCAAAUGAGGAAGAAGAUGAACCCGCAACUGCAGCACCAUCUGCAAAUGCGGCUAAAUUAUUUGCAGAAUUGGCCGCUUCAGCAUUAGAGGAUGAGGAUCUCGAUGAGGAGCCACAACAGACCCAGGCAGAGGUGGAGGAUGUCAGAGUACAAACCCCGAAAACAGUGAUUGUGGAAAAGAAAGUAGUCACAACGACGGGGGAUAUUCAAACGGGGACACAAAAGCAAAUGAUUACAGUUCCCGUGCCAAUGCAACGACAAAUUAUCAUGUCAGGAACACAGCCACAAAUGAUUUUAUCACAGACUGGAGCAGCGAGUUUGGGGUCACAAACAACAGCUACAAUAAAGACGGAAUCGGGCUAUCAAACUGUUCCUGUGAUACUGCAACCCUCGACUGGGGGGACGAAUCAGCUGCAACUGACGAAAACAGGGCAAUUAGUUCAACCGGUUCAAUUAACAGCACAACCACAGACACAAUAUGUCCUGGCAACAAAUCCUCAAGGACAGACAUACGUAGUGGCAACUCCUCAACCAUCACAUCCACUACAGACGCUUUUAGUUACGCAAUCGCCGCAGCAACAAGGAACAGGAACAAAAACCAUCAUAAUUCUUCAGCAGCCAAGUGCUUCAGCGACGAAUACGGGAAGUAUGAGCGGGACGCCACAGAAGAUAAUCAUGACACAACAAGGGCAGCAGAUGGUUGUCACGCAAAUGCAAAGACCGGUACAGCAUCAUGUCAUUGUCAAUCAACUACCCAAUAGUACAACCACAAGUAUUACAAAUACUCCUACAAAUCAAUCUAGUGUAACACUUAAUACUGUCAUUGCAAAUGCUCAAUCACCGAAUGCCGUUGUAUCUACGACGGUUGUGGAGAAGAAGACAGCACAGCAGAUUAUUGUAAGUGCCCAACAACAGCCGAUAACGACAGUGGUAAAUUCCAUAGCACCACCCACACCCACAAUGAAUAUCCCAUUAAAGAGCAAUAACAUUGUGACCAGUGGGAGUAAGGUAGUAAGUGAAGUGGAAAAUCCGGCAAAGUCAACGACACCUCCGGCUCUGAUGCAAGUUAAAAUGAAUCCUUUGCCACAAAAUGCACCUCAAAAUCCUCAAAACAAUCCUCCGAAAUCCCCUUCGCCGCAACAGGGAUCUAAGGGACCAUCUCCGACACCGCAAGCAACUACAUCAGUCCCUAAAACAGAGACCCCAACACCACUUCCACCAUCGAAAAUCGACGAGGAGAUUGAUCCCAAUUGGUGGCUUGUUUGUGAAUGGCGUGGAUGUCCUCGAAAGAAGUAUAGAUCACUAAACGAUGUAAUAACGCACGCGUGCAACGUACAUUGCCCUAACGGUUUGGAUUCCACGGCAGAAAUCUACUGCCAAUGGGGUCCGGGUCCAAAUCUCUGUGACAACGUACCCAGAAAACGAUUUUCUCUCAUGACACAUCUCAUUGAUCGCCACUGCAACAAGGAUGCUAUGCAAGCAGCAGCGCAAAAACGAUUAGCUAGUGGAACUCAAAGUAGUGCUACACAUCAGGCACAUCCUGUGACACUUAUAAGAAAUACAGGAAGUCCCAAUUCAGGCUCAUCGGCAGCUACAAGUAGUGGUGACGGUGGUAGUGCAUCACCAGCUUUGUCAACCUCAUCAUCAGGUUCUUUAACCUCGGCGUACCCUCCCAAUAUAGCGGGAAGUGCAGCCAUACAGGCAAUCAAACGCCACCAUUCGUUGGAAUUUGUCCGAACGAGGGAGCGAUUAGAUGACAAUGAAGGGCCAGUGACAAAAAGCAUCCGACUGACAGCCUCAUUGAUUCUCAGAAAUUUAGUUAAUUACAGUGGAUCUGCAAAACGAAUGCUUCGAUACUAUGAACCCCAUUUGGCAGGUGUAGCACUGAGCAACGUUGAAUCGAGCCGGACUAUAGCUCAGGUUCUUUUUGAGAUGAAUGAAACGCACCCUGUGUGAGUACGACCUGUUUAUUUAUAGUUUUAUUGUAAAAUGUAAUGAGGCAAAAAUAGUGGUUGAUAAACAAAAAACACUAAAAACGAUGAAUUUCUCUUGAAUUAUACCUCCAUCAAGGCAUCGAGGGUUUUAGAACAAAGAAAGUUAUUGGGAACAUAGAACCAAGUAGAGAAAAAAAAAUCAGAGAAUAAAAACAAAGAUCAAAAAGUGUAUAAAAAAAAGGAAGAAAAGUAAUGUCCAAGAAUUCGUGAGCACAUAAAAGUUUAAUUAAAUAUACUAUAAUUAUAAAGAGAUUAAAAAAAAGAAAAUUAUAUAGUAUAACAUAAUUAAGCAAGAAAAGUAAUUUCCACAAAUAUGCAAAAUACAUAAUUUUAUUAAAAAAAAAGAACAGAGAAAGAAUCACGAAUAAUCAUUUAAAAUUUUGAACGAUGAUGAGAAUAAUUAAAUUACAAAACAUUUUUUUUAUAUGCAAAUUUUUUUCUCUUUUAUUAUUAUAAUUUAUUAGUUCCUUAAAAAGUUAUCUAUUUCUGUUCUAGUAAAUAAUUUAAUUUUUAUAGCUUCUAGACUCGACACUCUUAUUCAGUCAUGUUUAUUUCUUCUUUUAUCAAAAUAAAAAGUCUCACAUCUCUGAGAGCAUCUUCAGCAAUCUUUUUUCGUGUUAAUUCCUCACAAAAAACUCAUUUCAUUAAAAAUUUAAAUUAGUUUUCGUUUUCUCUUCAAGAUCUCUUUUUUGUACAAUAAAAAAAGGAACCUUUUUUGUUCAUUUUGGAGCAAAAAAUUGUUGGUUUAAGUUGGAGCAAAUAAUGAAUUUAUGAUUUUGUUAUUUUGUCUUGAACUUUACUUUCAAAAGUACCAUAAAAAUCUUUAUUUUUAUUACACGAGAGAAUGAAUUCGUAUAAAAAGUAUAAUAAAUAAAAUAUAGAACGAAUAUCUGUAUAAAGGCUAAAAAUACACAGAUAUAAAUAACGGAAAUUUAUAAAAGUAUUCCUUGGUGAAAGAAAAAUAUAGGUAUAUAAUAAACUUAAUAAUAAAAUAAA